AUGCCAGUGGUGCUGUUGUCAAGACCAAUGCUAAUGCAGAGAAGACAGAUGAAGAAGAGAAAGGACGUAGCCGCCCAAUCCUUACUCAACAAGCUGAUCAGAAGCAACCUUUUUGAUAACACCAACCAAGUGGAAGUCCUGCAGCGGGAUCCAAACUCCCCUCUCUACUCAGUGAAGUCCUUCGAGGAGCUACGCCUGAAGCCACAGCUUCUCCAGAGAGUCUAUGCCAUGGGCUUCAACCGUCCAUCCAAGAUACAAGAGAAUGCACUGCCUUUGAUGCUUGCUGAGCCAGCUCUUUCUCUUCCGGUCCCAGGCAAUUCGGGAUCUCCCGGCUCCGGUGCAGGCGUGGCCAAGUCAAAGAACCACACCUCACACAACCAGUCCCACAAAAGGCACAGAAAUGGCAUCAGAAAGCCCUGAUCGCAGUGAUACAAAUCUCUUAAGGGGGUGGAUCCCAAAUUCCUGAGGAACACGCGCUUUGCCAAGAAGCACAACAAGAAGGGCCUGAAGAAGAUGCAGGCGAACAACGCCAAGGCCACGAGCGCACUUGCUGAGGCUGUCAAGGCUCUCAGAAAGCCCAAGGAGGUCAAGCCCAAGGUCCCAAAGGGCAGCAGCCACAAGCUCAGCCGACUUGCCUACACUGCUCACCCCAAGCUCGGGAAACGUGCUUGUGCCUGCAUCGCCAAGGGUCUCAGGCUCUGUCGGCCAAAGGCCAAGGACAAGGCUCAGACCAAGGCCAUAGCUGUAGCUGCAGCUGCAGCUGCAGCUCAGGCUCAGGCUCCCAAAGGCCCCCAGGCCCCCGCAAAGGCUCCAGAGUAG